AUGGCUCAGGACAUACGCCAGGUCUCCGCAUGGGGCUUUGCCUCUGUCUUCCUCUACGUUGUCAUUUUUCUGCAGGCGUUUAUAACAAAGCACUUUUUGGGUCUUAUUGAGUUGAUUUUCGUUCGUGUCACCUUGUUGCUUGUCAAAAUUCAACUGAACAUCGCUCGGACUAUACCCGAUAUCCCCGAAGUCCACGUCGACAUUGGCUCUGUUGUCCUAUACCUUUGCACUUGUGUUUUGUGCCUUCUCCUUCUUCUGGAAGUGUUUCUGUUGAGGAAAGCAGCGAAACUUCUUCGCUCAAUCUUUUUUUAUACCGUUCUCUUUCUGGUUAAGUUUCACUGGAAAAGCGCGUGGAAAAUGGAAGCCAAGGCAGAUGAGCUGCGCGAGGUUCUGGAAAACACCAAUUUGGCAAUUGAGGCGAAGGUCCGACAUCUACUGGGUGUAAAAUCGGACAUCAAGCAGAAAAAUGUCCCCAGAGAAGCAGUCCCCACUCUUUUUGAAUCGAUACGCCUUGCGAUAGCAUCGCAAUACCAGGCUAUUUUCUCCGCUGGGAUCUCUGCCCUGGGACAUCUGGUUAAACGGCUGUCAAUCCAAGGGCAAAGACAAUUGGUAGCGCUACAGGCGCGUAUGCUUUACCCGAUACUUCUUGAGCGUAUAGGAUCACACAGGGGAGCCAUUCGUGCUCAGGCUGCUCAGGCACUUGAAGAUCUUUGGCAUUCGUCGCAGGAAGAGGUCGAGCGCUAUGUGCAAGAAGCUCUUGGGGGAGGAAACCCCAAAGCUAAGGAAAUGGCCAUGAUAUGGACUCUGAAUAUGUCGAAAAAGCAUGAGCUUCAAUAUGCCCUCUUUGUUCCCACCAUACUCCUCCAUCUGGAAGAUGCUGAUGGCUCCGUUCGAGAAACGGCCAAGUCAACAAUCAUUGAAUUAUAUCGGGAUGUUAAUUUGAAGAACAAGACUCUCCUGAAGCAGACAUUGGAACAAAAGGGUGUGCGGAAGAGCAUCAGGAAUGCAAUUCUGGAAUCCAUUGGGGUCGAUGUUACGGAGAACAGUUCGGGUUGGUCUCCUGGUCGACAGCGACGGCCAGCUACCCGGGCUGAGAGCCACUCCCGCCCUGUUGUCCGCGCUGCCGAUGCUCUGCAGCCACGGCCUGCUACGCGAACCGAGACUCGUACUGCCGCUGCAGAUCGUGUCGCCGCUGCAGACACGAUUACAAGACUUGGCCGCCAAUUGAAGGUAACGCGUGUGCCUGCACGAAACGCUACUCCGGGCCCAUCGAUUUCCAGAAUCCAACCGCAAAGCCCAUCGCCCAAGUCUGAAACUUCUCUACCUGUGCGCAGCCCAUCUCCUCGCGUAAUGACGAAGCUCGAGCCAACGCGUUCUCAGAAACCUACAAAGACACCCGCUUUUGUUCAUCAACCUCCCGGCCUGGACGAAACCGAUGCUGUCCCACUCCUUGUGCGGUCGACUCGCGAAAUUGACGACUAUGCGAAGGAAAUGCUUUUUCAUUUUGAAGGACGUGAGUCAGAAAAUAACUGGCUGUUCCGCGAGAGAAGCGUUAUCACUCUUCGACGACUCGUCAUUGGCAACGCACCUCGCGACUUUCCUGACUCGUUUUUCCCAAACAUGAGGACUCUUCUUGACGGUGUCUUUAAGACCGUUCAUUCACUCCGAACAACAUUAACGACGAACGGAUGUCUCUGUAUCCAGGAUCUUGCGAGGUGGUGUGGCCCGCAAAUCGAUUCAAUGGUAGAGAUCAUUAUGCAGAAUCUCAUUAAACUUUGCAGCGUUCCGAAGAAGAUCGCGGCUCAUCACGGUGACAACGCAGUCCAAGCCGUUAUCAUGAACGUUACUAUUACUGCCCGUGUCUUGUACCACGUGUCGUCGGCGUGCGAGGAUAAAAGGGUCCAGGUGCGCCUAUUUGCCGCAGGGUGGGUCCGUGCGAUCAUUGAUUGCCAGAGUACGAAUCGAACUGUCGUUGAGCACGGAGGGGGUGUCGACAUGAUUGUAAAAUCUAUCACGAAGGGGCUUGGGGAUGCCAACCCGGAAGUGAGGGCGGCGAUGCGUCACACUUUUUGGCGGUUUGAUGCGGUUUGGCCCGCCAGGGCCAAGAUUCUUCUAUCCGACCUGGAUGCCAAGUCGCGAACGUUGUUAGAGAAGGACUCGAACAACCCGAAUCUCAACAAACCAGCGUCUCCCGCGCGGCCAUCAUCAGCUAAAAGCGCUAAAGCCAGCAAGCCUGCCGCUCCAGGCCGCACUGCUCUGAGGGAGGCAAUUGCAGCGCAGAAGAAGGCCCAUCUGUCGUUGGAGAAAUCUGCUCCGUCUACCGAAUCUACUGCGUCGCGCGCUGUCCCUACUGAAACGUCUCUUACAUCUCUGUCAUCGGCACCCCUUCGCCCGAAUUUGAAAUCUCGAACUCUUCCCCCAACUGCUGAACUACAUGCUUCUCGCACUCCAGCAUCGGAUGUGAAAUCUAACUCCUCUAAGCCCUCUGAUCGGCUUGAGACCUCUCGAACUUCCAACCUAAAGCAGCCAACACCGGCGAAAUCCAUCGUUCCUGUCCAGGCAAAGAAGAAUCUGGAGCCGAAAAAUAAGCCAGAGAUAAAGCCUGCUGCAACUAGGCCGAAGAAGCUCGACCUCUCUGCUGCGAUAUUCAAGGCACCCAACACCAGUGGAAGUGAGUCGCAGAGGAACGCCAAGGAGAUCCUUACAAAAUUGAGCGAUGAAUCCUGUUCGGAUUCCGAAGAAGAGCCAGCUCUGCUUGGAUCAUUCCCGAUGACUGAGAGCUUACCCCAAAACAUUGACGACAAUCGACGCGACGCGGCGGUUGUCGUAACUCCGUCCAUAUUCAGAACAGCGGAGCCGGAAAAGAAGCAUAAUGCGAACGAUAGGUCAGACGACGAGGAGAGUAUUGCGAGCUGUGUUUUGACAGAGGAUCUUCCGGAUCGUGGCUCGGAGGCAUCCGAAUGGAUAAGGAGGGCCUCUCUUCUUCCUGAAGAUUUUCUGUGGCGCGAUCUUCCAUCAUACGAUGAUGACGAAGCGGAGGACGAGGCCCCAAAGGUGGGUGUUCUGGCGGAAUUACCUGAGACGAACCUGCCAUUUGAGCGUCCGGAGGAUCGGCAGACUAGGCGUAGUAGUCCUGUGAAGGAGAUGCCGAAGGGGAAUUCAUCGGUAAGCCCCCAACCCAAAGACCCCGCCAAGUCGCAGCAUUUGCUCGAUAGGGGCAUCCAGUUGAUUCGUAGCAACAGCAUGGACGCCAAUGGUCUCCGCAAGCUACGACAACUGAUAGCGCAGAAUGGGUCUUCGGUGAACACAUGCCAGUUCCGCGACCUCGUCGCAUCUCUCCUGGGUGCUUUAGAGUUCGAAGGCGGCGAUCACCAACCGGCGAAGAUAUCGCAGGGGCGUAUCGCAUCUCUGAGGCUCCCUAUCCUAGAGACCAUUGAGGAGGCAAUCAAUGGACGGAUAGGUGAGCAAUUACGAUCAUCACCACAUCUUUACUCUCAAGCAAUCGCCUCACUUCUGAGAACAAGGCGAUGCUCCGAUACAUCAUGCUAUUUCUCCCUCCGGGUCGACGAAGUUGCAAUGGGGAUCAUUCGAUCUGAGCUGGGGGAGGGUACACAUAACUCGGUGCACGCUCUCGUUGAUACCAUCGUCGCUGAGGAGAGGGGUAAAGAAGGGGACAAUGUUAUUAUUAUGGGCCUAUCACUGUUAGCAUGUGUACUCAGGCAUGGAAACAAGGAGGGUACGCGUCUCCCGGAGGAUCUUAUGGAGAAGGUUGGCUCGCUGGCCGCCAAUCAUCUCAUGGACGAACACCCAGAAAUCAGACGACAAGUGAUGCAGUUGUCUGUGCAUUUGCAUUCGAUGGUCGCCGACGAUGACCAAUUCUGGCGGGUCGUUGGGCGGCCACAAGACGGAUCUCGGAACCUUUUGACCUACUAUAUCGCCAGAAACUAG